UUACCCAACUCUGAAAAACAGAUUGUCAGUGUGUGUUGCCUUCAUCACAAUUGUCAAUAUUUAAUGUGAUUAUUAAUUGCAAUUUAUUAUAUGUAUUAAAUAUUUACAUAAUUGUAUUUUAAUUGAGAAAAAAGGCAAAAAAAGAACGCUUCAAGAUGAUGAUGGACUAUUUUGUUACGAAUAAUUCCCUGGCACCAGCUCCAAUGGGAAUACAAAGUACAGCUGGAGCAGUUCCUGUUAAAAAUGACAAAGGAGAAUUGUCUAUGAAAAAAGUAAAAGUACAUCGAUAUGUAUCUGGUAAACGUCCUGAUUAUGCUCCAGCAGCAAGUUCCGAUGAAGAAUCAGAGGAAGAUGAUUUUCUUGAGAAACGUGUCUAUAAAUCAUACGACGAUACAGAGACAAAUACAGAAAUUGUUGAACCAUCGCGAAGUAAAAUUGGCGACGAGGACGAUCCUCGAUUACGUCGUUUGACACGUUUAAAUAAACAAAAAGAAUCGGAAACAGAAAUACGCGUCGAAAGACAUCGACAUGUUUAUGAGCCCGAAAUACUUGAAACAGUACCCGAUAGAUUACGUGAAAGAAUAAAACUUGAGAGUUCAGAUUCAUCGGAAGAUGAAGAUUUAUCAGAUACAGAAAUUGAGAAACGACGUGAGGAAUUAAAAAAACGUGUUAUGUCAAAAAAAGAUGCCGACGAGGAUUUAAUACAAGAUGAAGAUGAAGAAAAAUCAGGUGAAAGUUCAGAGGAAACAUCAGAAUAUGAGGAAUAUACUGAUUCAGAGGAGGAAACGGGACCAAGAUUAAAACCAAUUUUUGUCAGUAAAAAAGAUCGUAUCACAGUAAUGGAAAAGGAGAAGGAAAUAUUUAAACAAAAACAAGCUGAAGCUGAAGCAAAAAAAAUGGCUGAAGAAAGACGUAAGCAAACAUUGAGAAUUGUUGAGGAUAUUGUACGUAAAGAUACACAAGUUAAUAAAGUGACAAAUGAUAUUGAUAGUAAACUUGAGGAUGUUUGUACGGACGAUGAAAAUGAUGAGGCCGAAUAUGAGGCAUGGAAAUUGCGUGAAUUAAAAAGAAUUAAACGCGAUCGUGAGGAACGUGAACAAAUGGAAAAGGAACGUUUAGAAGUUGAACAACUACGUACAAUGACGGAGGAGGAACGUCGUCAAGAGGCGCGUCUUAAUCCAAGAACAAUAACAAAUAAAGCGGCAAAGGGAAAAUAUAAAUUUUUACAAAAAUACUAUCAUCGCGGUGCAUUUUAUCUUGAUAAGGAUGAUACAAUAUUUAAACGUGACUUUUCUGGUGCAACAUUGGAGGAUCAUUUUGAUAAGACAGUUUUGCCAAAAGUUAUGCAAGUCAAGAACUUUGGUCGUAGUGGUCGAACAAAAUAUACACAUCUUGUCGAUCAAGAUACAACACAAUUUGAUUCGCCUUGGAUUUCGGAAACUGCACAAAAUUUGAAAUUCCACAAUUAUCAAGCAGCUGGAAUGAAACAAGUUUUUGAUCGUCCUUCAUUGAAAAAAAGGAAAAAUGAAUGAAAAAAAUAAAGGGGUAAUUUUUUUUUUUUUUUUAUUAAUUUACAUUGAUUAUUGAACUUAGUUUAAAUUAAAUGAUAGAUAUAAAUUAUAAAUUAAAAGAGUUACAGCAAUAAAAAUAAAAAUCUUGAAUUAGAA